UCUGGGGAGGGAGAGGAGUGGACGUGAGCAGGAGACAGGGACAGAGAGGAGACCAGCCUCAGAGUUCUGGGUAAUGGUUCAAAAGACUGAUGCAGCGACACGCUGCGGCCUGCAGGGGUCGUACUGGCUGCAGGUGGGCCGAGAGGCGCUGCUGCUGAGAGAAACACAGAAGAACAUCGUUAGGGAGUGGCCGUAUGAACGGCUGAGACGAUACGGGAAAGAUAAGCUGGCCUUAACCAUCGAAGCAGGACGACGCUGUGACUCUGGUCCUGGAACAUUUAUCUUUGAGACACACCAGGCUGAGAAGAUAUUCGCCCUAAUUCAGAGUACCAUCAAACGGAAGAGUUCGACUAUUACUUUAGGCAACCAAAACCAAGAGGGUCAGAAAGUUGUGGUUACCAACAUACAGGCUCAUUCCCCGCUCCCCAGAAUACCAGAUAUGAUCAGUAUUGCUGCGAUUCCGGAAAACAAACUGAGGACACAGGACAGUAAAUGUGCUGCUUUAGAAGAGAGUGCACGUUCCCAGGAAGAUUUGGUUGGUUCAUCAGAGAGUUCAUCAGCGCAUCCAGCUCCAAUUACCCUCAUGCCUCUUCCACUGGUGCCCACACAUCGCAGCCACUCCGGAGGACAUCUUGAUGGCCAAUCAGAAGCUGUAUAUGCUGACCCAGCUGAUUGCAUCCAACCUGUACCAAAAGCGCAACCGACCAUGGCUCUGUAUGUAGACCCUGCAAGUGUUCUCCCGUUCAAACCCUUCAGCCCCAGAGAAUAUGUCACUCCGUCUCCUAACUCCUCUAUUUCACAUCCCUGCUUCCCCCCCGAUCAGCCAGAUUCAGUCUACGCAGAGGUGUUCGACAAAAUCAGUUUGGCUCAGAAUAAAAACGUUGCAUAUGACGAACCCAUUUAUACUGAGCCCAUGAGCAAGGAGGAGAAGUCUGAUAAAAAAGAAAGCAAAGCAGACCCAUUUGCACACCUUUAUGCUCAAGUCUGCAAAACAACCCAAUCAUUUAGCCUAUUGUCGUCCUCUAACACCAUCCCUUCCUGCUCUGCUUCCUCUCCCGCUAAUACUGCCAGUAUGAGCACAACUAAUGAUGAUGUCAUCUACGAAAACCUGGGCACCAUUUAAUUUAGUUUUAGUCAAUUGUAGCUUGAUGCUACAAUGCCUAAACCAAGUCUAUGCAGAGCUUGACAUAUAUUUUUGUACAAUGAUUGUAAAGAAGAAAUAGAGUAAGCACAUCUCCUGCAUGGAUGGGCUUUCUGUGGUAUAUCCGUAUACAAACUAUUUUUCAUUAGUUCUGAAGAAAACAGGACUGUGUGACUGGCU